UUUUAUUAAUUAAUAAUGAAAAACUCAUUGAAAAAUGAGUAAAUCACAAUAAGAUGAUUUAAUUCAGUUGGCAGAAUCAAUAAUUUUAAUAUUCUUUUCCAUAGUUCUUGUUGAGUUUGGGCUUUUUAUGCUUUUAUUUAUUUAUAAUUUUUUUUGUUGUUUUCAGGAUUUGAAAGGUAGUUAGUUAAGAUCUGCCAAACCAAUAAUUGAAAUGUUUCGUAGUUCACUUUCCAAAAGAAUUUUCAGAGCAGAGGACAGGCCAGAAAAACAUUUCAUUGUUGAAAAAUACAUAAAAAACAAAAAAAAUGAAUUCAACCACCAGUCAGUUCUUGAUCCAGCGCCCACAAUUCAAUCAUGUUUUCUUGCAAAACAAUAGCUUUGAUUUACCAAAACGAGUUCAGUUCGCAGUUUUGCCACUAAGUUCCAAUGUUCCUGUCAGCUCCAUUUCUAAGUUUGGGAGCUCUAGAUUUCCGGUGUGUAAAUGUGCAUCAGAGAAGUUUUCAGGUUCUUCUGAAAGGGAUCCAGGUCAGGAAUAUGGACCCGAACCAAAUCAGAUGGUUAAACAAAAGAAGGCUUCUGUAGUGGAGAUUUUGAAGCAAUCAAAUUCCAUUCUGCCUCAUGUAGUCCUUGCUAGUACAAUUUUGGCUCUUGUCUAUCCGCCUUCUUUCACAUGGUUUACCAGCAGGUACUAUGCCCCUGCAUUAGGGUUUUUGAUGUUUGCAGUGGGGGUUAAUUCCAGUGAGAAGGAUUUUAUUAAAGCAUUUAAAAGGCCAGAUGCUAUUGUUGCUGGUUUUGUUGGUCAAUUUGUUGUGAAGCCCCUACUUGGAUAUUUUUUUGGAAUGAUUGCUGUGACAGUGUUUGGUCUUCCUACUCCUUUAGGUGCAGGGAUUAUGUUGGUUUCCUGUGUCAGUGGUGCCCAGCUCUCAAAUUAUGCUACCUUUCUAACAGAUCCACCCCUAGCUCCCUUAAGCAUUGUUAUGACAUCAUUAUCUACUGCUACUGCUGUUUUUUUUACACCAAUGUUGUCUCUUCUGCUUAUUGGAAAAAGACUGCCAGUUGAUGUCAUGGGAAUGGUCUCUAGCAUUCUGCAGAUUGUUAUUGCACCUAUUGCAGCAGGGUUGCUUCUGAAUCAGUUGUUCCCUCAUCUUUGUGAAGCCAUCAGGCCUUUUUUGCCUCCGCUUUCUGUACUUGAUACAGCUUUCUGUGUUGGAGCACCACUCGCUAUUAACAUUAAUUCGGUUUUAUCCCCUUUUGGUUUAACUGUUUUGUUGCUCAUUGUUGCAUUCCAUUUAUCAGCAUUCGUUGCUGGUUAUUUCCUUAGUGGUUUUGUCUUCCACAAGGCAUCUGACGUGAAAGCAUUGCAAAGAACUCUAUCCUUUGAGACAGGAAUGCAAAGCAGUCUUCUGGCACUCGCACUUGCUAAUAGGUUCUUCCAUGAUCCACUUGUGGGUGUACCUCCGGCUAUCUCUACUGUAAUCAUGUCUUUGAUGGGCUUCUCUCUGGUCAUGCUUUGGGCAAAGAAAAAUGAAUAAUGGGAAAAAUGAAGAGUUCGUUAGAUUGGUGA